CACAGGCAUUUGAAUCUCUUCACAGGCAGAGGUCCGUUCACCAGCUCCACUCAUCUUCGGUGUGGUGAAGCUAGUAAAAAUGGCAAAAGCUCUAUUUUUGGUGCCGUUUUUUCUAGUUUUAGGAAAUGUUGCAUUUAACCAUGCCGCGUUUCCUCCAAGCCUUAUUGUUGACAUGGUAAAGAUCGUCUUAGACAACUACUGCUCUCCACAGAAGCUGGGAGGGCUGAAGGAGGCCAUCGCAGCAGCCAGCAGCAAUACAGAGGUCCUCAAUAUUCCAGAUGGUGAGUCUUUGUCUCGAGUCCUCAGUGCUGGACUCCAGACCACAAUCAGUGACCCACGUUUGAAGGUCUCCUACGAGCCACACUUCGUCCCUGUUGUUGUCCCGCAAAUGCCUGACCUGCCUCCUGAGCAACUCGUCGCUAUGCUCCAGACCGCCAUUAAGCUGGAUGUAUUGGAGGGCAACAUUGGGUACAUGAGGAUCGAUCACAUCCUCGGGGAGGCGGCUGCUGACAAGAUCGGGAAGAUGCUGGUAGAGUUAGUCUGGAACAAAGUCCUGCCUACCUCAGCUCUAAUUUUUGAUUUGCGCAACACCAUGAGCGGGGACAUCACGGGACUCUCCUAUAUUGUCUCGUACUUCACCGCAGCCGAAUCUGUGAUUCACAUCGACAGUGUGUAUGAUCGUCCUUCCAACACUACCACUAAGUUGCUGUCUAUGGCCACACUGUUGGGCGAGAGAUACGGCACAAGCAAACCUCUUGUCAUCCUCACAAGCAAGAACACCAAGGGCAUUGCUGAAGAUAUCGCGUACUGCCUCCAGAACCUAAAGAGGGCCACCGUUGUUGGAGAGAAGACCGCCGGGGGCUCAGUCAAAAUAGAUAAAUUAAAAGUGGGUGACACAGACUUCUAUGUGACUUUGCCUACCGCAAAAUCCAUCAACCCCAUCACUGGUUCAAGCUGGGAGCAAACCGGCGUCACCCCUGAUGUUAAAGUCGAUGAAGAGGACGCCCUUGCUACAGCCAUCAAGAUAAUUCAACUCCGCGCCCAGGUGCCUGCCAUCAUUGAGGGCUCAGCGGCUCUGAUUGCUGACAACUAUGCCUUUGAGGACACCGGUGCCGAUGUCGCAACAAAGCUGAAAGGGCUUCUUGAGAAUGGUGACUACAGCUUGGUGGUCUCUAAGAGCGGCCUUGAAGAGAAACUCUCUGCAGACCUGAAGACCCUAUCUGGAGACAAGAGCUUGAAGACCACCAGCAACACCCCAGCCCUGCCACUCAUUAAUUAUACUCCAGAGAUGUACGUUGAACUCAUCAAAGUCUCUUUUCAAACGGACAUUUUCGAAAACAACAUAGGAUACCUGCGUUUUGACAUGUUCGGAGACUUCGAGGAAGUCAAGGAAAUUGCUCAGAUUAUUGUGGAGCAUGUUUGGAGCAAAGUUGUCGACACUAACGCAAUGAUCCUUGACCUCAGGAACAACCUUGGAGGGCCUACAACAGCCAUUGCCGGUUUCUGCUCUUACUUCUUUGACGCCGACCAACAGAUUGUACUGGACAAGCUCACAGACAGACAGUCUGGCACCUCCACAGAACUCCGGACACUGCCUGAACUCACGGGUACAAGGUACGGGUCUAAAAAGGCUCUGAUCAUCCUGACCAGCGGAGCAACAGCCGGGGCAGCAGAGGAGUUUGUCUUCAUCAUGAAGAGGCUCGGCCGUGCUAUGAUAGUGGGAGAGACCACUUUCGGUGGCUCCCACCCAGCAAAGACCUUCCAAGUUGGCACGACUGACGUCUUCCUAAGCAUCCCCACGGUGCACUCCGACGCCACCUUGAUGCCAGCCUGGGAGAGAAGCGGCAUUGCACCUCACAUCCCCGUCUCAGCGGCGGCUGCCCUCGAAACAGCUAAGGGCAUUUUAAACAAGCACUUGGGCAGUCAGAAGUGAGUUGCGGUCCACUUUUGCCCUGACAAAAUUGUUGGAGCGUGAGAAUUCCUUUUUAUUUCCAACUACUUAGUCUGUCUGUGGCAUAGAGCAACAUUUUAAAAGUGAAUGUUGAGGGCAGUUUUUACUUCACUGCAGAUGGGAGCAUGUGAAUAACACUGACUAAGGCUGACAUUGUUGCUGAUAUUUGUUAUUGGACACUUUAAAUUAUGUCAAACAUAAUCAUUUUUGAUCCUUGUGAGUUGAAAACACUGAAUGUUCAAUUUGUCCAUUCUGCUGCUAAAUUUAUGUAAUGAAAACCACCUUGGGCUUCCGUUCUUGUGCCGAGACCAAAUAAAAAAUAAUAACUAAA